AACAUACCUACAAACUCAAUUAAUUAGUUCAUUUUUUUUUAAUAAAUAAAACACACCCCGAAAAUAAUAAUACACACCCAAAUGAGGAAGCUAAGUCUGAUUUGGGUCCUUGACCCUUUUGUGUGGAGAAAUUUGGACCUCAAAUUGUUGUCUGGUCAAGAUUCACACACCUUCAAAAUCACCCCUCACCUCUCCCCCACAUUCCCCUCCACCUUACUCGCCCCAAAACGCCUUAUUUUCUCCCUAUCGACUUCCAACCGUUUUUCCUUCCUUUCCUUUGAAUCUUUGACUACAAACCCAAAAAAAAUUCAUUUUAUUUUUGGAUACCCACGUCUAGAUUCUUUAUUUCCAUUGGCGGGUAGCUUUUAUUUUAUUGAGCUGUGCCUUAAGCAGUUGGUGAUUUCGACCAUCGUUUUGGCUGAGGAAUUUCAUCAAACAGUUUGUCUUCGACAUUGAACAAUCUAAUUUUUUGGGGAGGAGGGAAUGGUGGGGGCUUUAGCCUUAGUGGGUUCAUCGGUGGUGGACUCGCAUACUUGUCCGUGCUUGUGCGUUGAUGCUCUGCCUUCGACGAACAUGAACUUUAAAAGUGUUGGAGAUUUGGGAAGGAAGCAUACCGUUAAGGCAGCUGCUGGGUCUUCUUCUUCCUUGGAUUUGAGCAGCUCGUUCAUCGAUUCUGGCCAUGAAAGGCGGCUUUUGUCGGCGAUGAAAUCGAUUCCGGCGGGAAUUGUUAUUAGUCGAAGUUACAGGAACCAGAAGAAGAGUAAUCGGCGGCGGAAGGUGGUUGUUAGUGAAUUGGGUGGCCAAUAUGAAGAUUCUUUUGAGGACGUUAAAGUGCAAAUACUCAACUAUUUCACGUACAAGGCUGUGAGGACAGUUAUGAACCAACUUUAUGAGAUGAAUCCGACACAGUAUAGGUGGUUUUACGAUUUUGUUUUAACAAACAAGCCUGGUGGAGAUGGUAAGAGAUUCCUUCGCACCCUUGGCAAGGAGAGGCAUGAGCUCGCUGAAAGGGUGAUGGUCACAAGGCUUCAUCUCUAUGGAAGAUGGAUCAAGAAAUGUGAUCAUGCUGAAAUAUACAAAGAGAUAUCUGACCAAAACUUGGAGUUGAUGCGUGAACGUCUUAUUGAGACUGUGAUAUGGCCCUCAGACGAUACCAACACAGAAAAGAUUGGAUAAAAGAGGAAGAAGAAAAAAAAAGGCUUAUCAACUUCAACGUAUUUUAAACCUUUCUUUUCUUUAAUUGUUCCUUAAUUAGUUUUAGGUAAUUUUUGCUUCAAGAGUUUGGCCCUCCAUGUAUCCACAUUGUCUAUCAAUUAAUACAAAAGUGUUCCUACUUUUAAUGUUA